UUUUUGUCACCAUGAAUGAUUUCAGAACAGUGCACACAUGUGUGUGUACGUUCACUUAAUAGCUUUUUAAUAAUGACAUGUCCUAAUUUCGUGUCUACUACAGAACAAUGGUACCUUUUGAGAACAAAUAAUCUCACAUUAAUCAUGGUGAAAUACUCACAUUUCUCCGAGUCACCCACGGUGGGAAUUUACUACAUACUUAUUUUGGUUUGGCUAACAAUGGAGGGGGACGAGUCAUUUUCGGACGACGAGGAUUUCGUCACAACGCAGAAGAGGACGAGGCGGAGGACGACACCGAAGGUGGUUGAAAAAAAGGCGAAAUUAGUGAAAGCCGGUCCAUCUACGCCUGCUGCUAAAUCUAACCCUUCCACCGCAAAGACUGCUACAGCCGCCCCUGAUCCUAGCAAACAUUUGGCCGUGGAGACUACGAGAGCCCCCAACUGUGAUGAAGGGGAAUUAAAUCCCCCUGGUUCGAAGGAUAAGGAGAAGAGAAAGUCGGAAACCCCCGGAAGUCGUGCUCGUCAAGACCAGACUUUCCAACCCGUCCCAUGGUCCUACAUUGUUGAUGAGGAGAUGGAAGUGGAGGAGGAAGAGAUGCGACUCAGGGAUGGGAGGGGGAUUAUUUAUAGAGAUGGGGAUUUGGCUGAAGAGUUCCAAAUAAGAUACGUGGCUUCGUCGGAUGGAAGAAUUGGCACAACGGUCAAAGGGGAAGGGGGGGAUAAAAUCAGGAAGACGAUUCUGCGGUUAGUUGGACUGGCUGAGACUGAAACCACUUCCCCUGACCUCGAUGUUUAUGAAGCCUCCCCACAACUUGUUUUGACCCAGGAGGAGCAGGGAUUGACCGCUGCACAGAGGGAGGUUCUCUUUCAGGAGAUUUUCCUUAGAGGAGGUCGUGUUGAACUUGAUGAUAAACCGGGAUGGUUUUUAAUUAUUCAUAAGGCCCCCACCACUGGGUUAAUACAUUUAUGUUUGGAGAAGCCUCAUAUUCAUUCUAGAGGAGUUUUGUUAUAUACAGCUGCAAGACUUUGUACGGAACCAAAAUGUUACCAAUACAACCAAACUCUCUCGAGUGAUGCCCUCCCCAAAUGUGUUCAACAUAAAUGCGAUCCGAUUUAUACCGUGACGAAAGUAACUGAUUACAAUCGGACGGACGUGUUGGUGUUUCUUCACAUUAAGUCAGCAUUCUCUGUAGCAUCGGAUAUGUCCAGUGAGAAGAAAGAUGCGCAAAUAGAAUUGCAUCUUCAUUACGUAUGUUCCAGUUACCCGCAGUGGACAAAGUAUUGUGCCACGGAGGGCCUAGCAAGUCGACCAAUCCCCAAAUCCAUAUCGCGACACAAUUUUAACAACGAAGGCGAUGCUUUAAGGAUGCUGUCGUUUGAAUCGACCAUUGGCAUGUUUAUCAAACUCGCCUCUGGAUCUCAACCCGUCAUCAAUUUGGAUGAUUUUAUCCCCUUGUGUUAUGGAAUGGAGGGUGAGAUCGACGCACGACUGAAAGAGUUGGGGAUAGAGCUCAAGAUUCGUCGCCAUUUGACACUGGCGGAGAGGAAGAAGGUCAAGUACCCAUUUCCGGGAGAGUAUCUUCUUGGAACUGAAGCAGCAGCACAACAACAUCCGGAGAAGGGGAAGACCUUUUUGUACACCAUCAUGAGUCGGAAUAUGUGGUACUUUGGGUGGAGCAACACCCCCGAUUUCAAGGUCCGUCUGAACGAGAGGGGGACUGAUGGUGCUACAGAGUACAAACGCAUAACAGAAAAGAGACAGAAGGGUAGGGAGUUAGAGAUAAAGGGACUGAAACAGAGAGAUAGACAGUUAGGUAGAACAGAGGAGUUAUGUAUUUAUCCACCCCCACUGAAAGCUCCCACCAUGACGUGCUACCUACUCGCCAACUGUGAGGAUGAUGAUGAGAAAUCCAUCAAGACCAAGACCAUCGAAGCAAAAAUGAUAAUUGCAGGCUAUAUUGCUUAUUUGUUGGGAUUGCGUAAUCCUAUUCGUCCUAAUUCUGAUGUAGGUUACUCUGUUAAUAAGUGUGUGUUUAUUAGUUUAGUUGAUUCUAAUUCGUGGGGUGAGAUUUGUGAGUUUGUGAAGUUGCUCUGGGAGUUUGAGCCGAUGUUGGGGAAAUAUAAGAGAAAUUGAAUUUUGUUGAUAUUUGUUGUGUACGUAAAACGACGAUGAAAUAAACUGAGUAACUCACUCAACAAAGCCGCCGA